CAAACAAAGCCAGUGAUCAAAGAAACCAAAAGGGAAUAUAUAAAAGCAAAAGGAGACUAUAAAUUAUAAAAGCAACACUUCAGCUAUAUUCCUUUUUUCUUCAACACUCUGCUAUAGUUACUUCCCUUGUGAUCAUUCAUAAACCAUGCUACUGUCUCUGAUGUGUUCACUUCUCACCCACACCAUGUCCUUACUACUCAUUCAACUAAUUCUCUCAUCAUUUCUCACUCUCACAACAUCACAAUCCAGCCUCUGCAGAACAUCAUGCGGCGACAUUCCCAUCAAAUAUCCAUUUGGCAUCGACGAUGGAUGCGGAAGUCCAUACUACAGACACAUUUUACAAUGUUCAAACUCAGGAAAACUCGAGCUCAGAACCCCAUCAGGGCGAUACCCAGUUCGCAACCUGAGCUACUCCGAUCCACAUGUCGUGGUCACUGAUCCAUUCAUGUGGAGCUGCGAGGACGGCGAGAAGUUUCGCCCCACGAGGCCAUUCAGCUUGGACACCGCCACACACUUCAAGCUCUCGCCGCAGAACGAGUACAUGUUCUUCAACUGCAGCCAAGACAGCGUCAUCAUUCAACCAAAGCCUAUGUUCUGCGAGCAUUUCCCCGAACACUGUGAUUCCUCGUGUGACAGUGCUAGCUAUCUCUGCAGGCACUUGCCGGGUUGCUCCUUUGCACUCCCUCGGAGUACUUGUUGCUCUUACUAUCCCAAAGCCACUGAGUCUCUGAGGUUGAUGCUUAAGUAUUGUGCUAGUUAUGCUAGCGUUUAUUGGAAGAACGUUGGUGCUCCUAUGCCUUAUGAUCAAGUUCCCGAAUAUGGGAUCAGAGUUGAUUUUGAUAUCCCGGUUACCACGCGCUGCCUUCAGUGUCAGGAUCCAUUGAAAGGAGGUGGGACUUGUGGAUUUGACACACAGAAUCAGAGUUUCAUUUGUCUCUGUAAGGAUGGAAACUCCACUACUCAUUGCAAAGAUUAUGAUAUUGCAAGGCACAAUAGGAGGGUCCAUGUAAUCGCAGGGACAGUUACGGGCGUUUCGGUUGCGGGUGCAUUUGGAAUUGGAGCUGCUGUUUGGUACUUGAAGAAAGUGAGAGCUAAAGCACCAGUCACGUGUGGAGUUCAAAGCAACGAAAAUAGGCUAUUCUGAAGACGACCAAAUGAUGUGAACCAUGCAUACACAUAUUCCUUCUGUUACGUUUUUCUUUUAUUGAGUUUAUUUAUUUGUACCACAAUUAUACCUAGUCAUAGAGUUGUGUCCCAAUUUUUCCGAGUUUGAUAUGGUCUUCUUUAUUAAUAUCGGGUUGUAUCUUAUGUAUAGUUUAUAGUUUAUUAAAAGGAAUUAAAGUACUCUGCUGGAGAA